GUUACCAUGUGUAUUUGGAGACCUAAUGAUUCAAGAAUCGACAUCUGUCUGUGUUGUUUUUAGUGGGAAAAGAAAAUCAGGCAAAGAUUAUACUGUUAAUCGUCUGACUAAUCUGCUCCAAUGUAAUCAUCUUUCUUGUUUAGUAGUACGAAUAAGUGAACCAAUUAAAUCGUAUUUCGCUGAACAUUAUGGAUUGGACUUGUCUGAAUUAUUAUCCUCCAACGAAUAUAAAGAAAAAUAUCGAAAACAAAUGAUUGAUUGGAUGGAACAGGAAAUUAGGCAAGAUCCUUAUAUAUUCAUCCGGAAAUCAUUGCUUGAAAGUAUUAGACGAUGUGGGAUACCUCAUCCUGAUAUUAUUAUUAUCUCAGAUGCCAGAAGGACAAAUGAUGUGGAGUAUCUCAUCAGGACAUUUGGUCGAUCCAAAUGUUUGUUAAUACGUAUUGUCACACCUAUAGAAGUUAGAAUCGAACGGGGUUGGUCAUAUGUUGAUGGGGUUGAUAAUGCUAUGUCCGAGUGUGGAUUAGAUAAAUUCACUUGUUGGGAUUACAUUUUAUCCAAUGAUGGAGACGAAAGUGCAUUUAAAAACCAUUUAAAUGAUAUUGUUGCACUCAUUAAAGAAGUGCGGAAAUGAUCCUAAUGCUUAUUAUGCACUCAUUGAUAAUAAUGUUUGAUGCAAGUGUAGUCGUUUACGUUGUAUGGACACUUUCAACAGGCGUUUACUGCAACAAUGCUGAGACGUACUUUUGAACACUGUCGCAGCUGAACGAGUUUACUUCUCAGAUGAUCGUUAUUCUGGCUACAAAUUUCCAGAUUGUUUGAGAAAUCUUGUUUGGUUAUUGGAAAUAGGAUACUGAUCUACUUCAAAAAAUCCCAGUCGACUCAUGUCUAGAUUUAUUUAUUUAUGAGAUUGUUCCUGCAUAACUCAUGAGAUCUGACUUUAAAACCCUCACGGUCAAAUAUAUAUUCAGUGUACAUCAGAUAGUCAGUAUCUCCAUUUUUAGUAAAAGCAGUUUUUUUCCUGAGUAUGUCACCCAUCAUUUUCAUAAUACAUUUUUAUAGACAUA